AUGAUUGUGCUGCUGCUGCUGCUGCUGCAGCAGCAACACCAGCAGCAGCAGCUGCUGCUGCUGCAGCAGCAGCAAAGAAAACGCAAAAAUUUCAUACACGCAGUGAUAAACAUAACAGAUACAACAGACAACCAUACACCAGCAGCAGCAGCAGCAGCAGCAGCAGCAGCAGCAGCAGGGCAGCAAAGCAGCAGCAGCAGCAGCACAGAGAGCGUUCGCUGCAGCAGCAAUCGAUAUAUUACGAGCAGCAGCAGCAGCAGCAGCAGCAGCAGCAGCAGGAUGUAUACCAUGACUAUCAUCAUCAUCAUCACCACCCACAUAUGCAGCAGCAGCAGCAGCAGCAGCGGCGUCGGCAUCAUCAACAGCAGCAACUGCAGCAGCAACUGCAUCAGCAGCAGCAGCAGCAGCAGCAUAGAGGUCGUUUCCUGUCUCCUCACAGGCGAAGGAGCAGCAGCAACAGAAGCAGCAGCUUUAGCAGCAGAAGCAGAAGCAUGA